AUGAACACUUCAGAAGAUCGCAUUGUCCAGCUGACACUGUCUCUCCAAAUGAGAGAACGCUGGUUGGUUGUUGUCGAAUGCACAGCAUAUUUUUCGGUCGUUUUAAUCGCCUUUGUGGGAAAUAUACUAUUUGCUUUAACCUUUUACAAAAUACGAACGCUGCGAACUCCUCAAAAUUACUACUUAGUUUCGCUUGCGGUGACGGAUAUCCUCAAUGCAGCUGCUUGUAGCAUUGCACUUGUCGCCCUCGCAGAGGAAACGUGGCCAUACGGUGAUUUUAUUUGUCAACUCCAAGGAGUAAUAAUGUCGAUUUGUGGUAGUGUUUCACUCCUUACACUUGGGAUGAUCGCCAUCAAUCGCUACACAAAGAUAUGUCGCUCUCGAAGCCUCUAUCAGAAAAUUUACAGCAAAAGAAAUGUUUUAACAUCCAUCGGGAUUUCAUGGAUUGCUGCGAGUAUAUUGGUGGUCAGUGCCUUUUUCGUCCGCAGAACAGUCUACUUUUACCACCCAGGAAAGUGCUGGUGCUUUUAUAAACUUGAUAUGGAUGAAAGCCUUGGACUCUACAUCUACAUUACGUUUUGUUAUUCUAUGGUAGUUUCGUUUUCUUUUAGUACGAUCGUUUUCAGUUAUUACAAAGUAUUUAGAAAAAUCCACGCGCAUUAUGUUCAGGUCGGCAAUUCCUCUCUUCGCGAUGAAAAUUCGAGAGCGUUGGCUGAAGAACUAAAAAUCACAUUUAUGUUACUGGUGACUGUUUUGGCCUUUUUUAUCUGUUGGACUCCGUCAAUUAUAACUGAUCUUUACGAAGUUUUUGGUGGUUAUUACACACUUCCACGACAAGUCUAUAUGCUGAACGUUUUUACUUUUGUAGGCAGUAGUGCUGUAAAUCCAGUGAUUUAUGGUUUAAUGAAAAAAGAAUUUAAAGAGGCUUAUAAAACAAUACUAAAAUGCCUAUGA